UGAUUUGAUUGACACAACAAACACAUGUUUUACAGAUAAUAAAGCGAUGAUGAGUGUUGAAGAUGUGGAUCAAUUGACGACACAAUUGAAAACAUUACGUUCAGACAAUGAACUCUUGCGUAAACUGUUGUCGACCAUCGAGAAGACGAAAGAUUUAAUGACCAAUCAAUUAAACAGAUGUCUUUGUGGACAAUCACAUGACACCAAAUUCAAGACCAAAUUGAAUGUUUUGAACGACAAAUAUGACAGUUUGAAGAUAUUAUUGACCACCGAUUCAUUUAAUCUAUUGACAGAUGACAUGAUUGUCAUCAAAGAUCAACAAACAAUCGAGUCUUCGUCAGAUCAACAGUUGGAUCUCUUGGACACCAAUAAUAGCGAGGAUGAGGUGAUUGGUGGCAAUGAAGAAAUUACUGAUAAUACUAAUGUUAUCGUCAAACCAUUUACCAAAAGAACUGAAAAACCAAAUAUUGUUUACAUAAGUAUUGAAAAUACUGAGUCUAUUAAUACACAUGAAGUGGAUGAAGAAGAACUAACUCAAGAUAUGUUUAAUAUUAAAGAUAACCUCAAAGUACAAAAAACUAACGACGAAUUUUGUUGUGAUUUCGGUGACUCUAAGACUGGUAUUUUGUGUGGACAACGAUUUAUAUCUAAAGAAUUACUAUUAAAUCAUAAGAAAAGACAUACGACUGAAAGGCCGUGGUUUUGUCAAGAAUGUCAUUAUACUGGUGUCCAUAGAUCUCAUUUAAUCGGACACUUAAGGAAAAGUCAUACCGGAAGAUAUCAGUUUUCAUGUGAUUGGCCCGGAUGUUCAUUCAUGGGUCCGUCACGUUAUAACAUUAAACGCCAUAAAAUAAUACACACCGGAGAGAAACCAUAUAAAUGUAAUUGGCCAGGGUGUGAAUGGUCCAGUGCUAAUAAUAAAUUAGCUGAACAUAGAAAAAUUCAUACAGGUGAGCGCCCAUACACUUGUUCAUGGGUUGGAUGUGAGGCUAGAUUUAGCCGACCAUUUACUCUACGCAAUCACAUGAGGACACACACCGGUGAGAAACCAUUUAUAUGUGAUUAUCCUAAUUGUAACUACAGGUCGGCCCAACAAACACCUCUAACGACACAUAAACGAAAACAUCACAAUGUUUUACACGUGAUCUCAGAAGAGAUUAUUAUCUCUGAUCCCAAUAUAUUUGACGAAUAAAUUGUAAUCAAAUUUGUA